UUGUUGUUGUUUUGAGUGAAUUGAGUUAGCAGGACGCUCCACUCGCAGGCUGGCUGGCUCGCCGUCUGCCGGACUCAGCAAAGCGGCUUCGACGGCCUCAAUAUCUCGGGGGGGUCAGGUUCCACCUAACUGGACUUAAUUUCUCUUUUUUUUUGUGUGUCUUUUUCUUUUAACACUAUUUUUCACGCAUUCCGAGGGUCCACGCGCGUUCACAGAGUGCGUCUCCUGUGAGGGUGUGACCAGUUGUCUGCAUGCAGGGAAUGACGACUCCUUUCAAGACGAGCAAAGCUUUAAAGGUAAAGAAGGAGACGGGCGAGAAUGCCCCGGCCCUCAGCGACGACGAGCUGGUGGCCAUGUCCGUGCGGGAGCUCAACCAGCACCUGCGCGGGCUGACCAAGGAGGACGUGGUGCGGCUGAAGCAGCGGCGUCGCACGCUCAAGAACCGAGGCUACGCCGCCAGCUGCCGCAUUAAACGCGUCACCCAGAAGGAGGAACUGGAGCGCCAGAAGAUGGAACUACAGCACGAGGUGGACAAGCUGGCACGCGAGAACGCCAGCAUGCGCCUGGAGCUGGAGGCCUUACGCGCCAAGUACGAGGCGCUGCAGUGCUUCGCCAGGACUGUGACCCGCGCCGGGCCCCUGUCGCCAGGCAAAGUGGCCACCACCAGCGUCAUUACCAUCGUCAAGUCGGCCAACCACAACAGCUCAGGUCCGACGCCCUUUUCGGCGCAGUCCUAGUGUCCGCUGGACUGGGCUCUACUCUUGAAAGCUCAGUAGUGAGACUAUCAAACAACAGAUAGGACAACAAGCUCCAUGUGACGUUAUGCUGCAUUUGUGACUUUCCCCUCAUCUGUCCUCAUCUUCACACCCUAAACACAUCUGGGUUGAAAAAUGAGGCUUUUUCCUAAUCCCUACAGUUUACACUUUGGCACAACAUUCCCAACUUUUAAGAGGGGCUUUACGUUGUACAAGGUGUCCUAAAAGUCACUCUAAACCUCCUUUUAAUCAAUUCCAUCCGGACAGAGGUCAUCAGCGCUUGACAGCCCAAAACUGAAUGAAGCCCUAGGAAGCGUAUUGAGACAUUUGGGACGCUCAGUAUUUUUGCACUGUGCACCUCCUCCUUCUCGCUGACAACGUCCCAAUUUCACCGGCAGGGUAAAGAUCCUCUUUGUGACUGAAUGAAUACGUCCAACAUGCCUUCGGGUGGCAGCACGAGUUCAUUUUCUUGUUUUGAAAGUAUGUAGAAAAAAAAUGCCAAAUCAUUUCCAAGCACACAAAGUGUCGCCUUAACGAAUGGCUUAGAGUUAAAGUUCGAAGAGAUACUAGAUAUUUACAUACCUGGCAGUCUGUUCUAUUUAUAGGGUCAUGGGACGUUUUACUUGUUAGUAUAGCAAACGAUGAACUACCUUCUUCUGAUAAUUUUACAUCACUCACCAUCUUCCCCAUUUAGCACUUGCGAAAAUAUUUUAGUUACAACAAAGAAGAAUUAAACAUAUCUGUGGACAAGGCUAACUAUUAGCUAAAAGUUAUAUUUCGUACAAUAGCACUUAUUGUGUGAAUGCUGAGAGACCAGCACUGAGAAAAAAAAUGUUCAUGUUUUAGUUUUGUGCGAUUAGAUUUUGCAAUUCUAUUUUUCCUUGUAAAAUCAUUUGUUUUGGGAAUUUCAUGGCGGAAAACACUCAGGUGACUUGAAGUUCCGCUCUAAGACCCCCAAUUUAGCCAAAUUUCAAAACUGUCCAAUAUGCACAUGUGAUUCAUCAUUGGAAAGCUUAAAAUCUCAAUUUUCUGGGGGAAGAAAAUUUUGAACAGGAGGGCAUUUUUAAAAAAAAAUAUUUUUAAAACUGCAAAACCCUAACUGGAGGUGAGAGCACGUGAGAGCAGAAUUAAACAAGCCAUGAUUUUAACGAGAUAUUAUCGUGUACUUACCUUGUUUCGAUCCAAAAACUCCAUAUACAGUGGGGUAAAUAAGUAUUUAGUCAACCACUAAUUGUGCAAGUUCUCCCACUUGAAAAUAUUAGAGGCCUGUAAUUGUCAACAUGGGUAAACCUCAACCAUGAGAGACAGAAUGUGGGGGGAAAAAAAACAGAAAAUCACAUUGUUUGAUUUUUAAAGAAUUUAUUUCCAAAUUAGAGUAGUAAAUAAGUAUUUGGUCACCUACAAACAAGCAAGAUUUCUGGCUGACAAAGAGGUCUAACUUCUAACGAGGUCUAACGAGGCUCCACUCCACCUGUAAUUGUCAAAAUGGGUAAACCUCAACCAUGAGAGACAGAAUGUGGAAAAAAACCCAGAAAAAUCACAUUGAUGAUUUUUAAAGAAUUUAUUUGCAAAUCAUGGUAGAAAAUAAGUAUUUGGUCAAUACCAAAAGUUCAUCUCAAUACUUUGUUAUGUACCCCUUGUUGGCAAUAACAGAGGCCAAACGUU